AAGAAGCACUAAUACUAAUACUGUUCCUUUUCUGGUGUUAAAUCUGUUGAAAGGAUUUUGCUUUUUUAUGAAGUUGGAUAUUAUUACGAGUGCCCAGAACGCCGGAGAAACAGUGACGAGAACCGCAAGACCGAAUUCGAGAGAUUACUGAGGGAAGACGGAGACAAUGGCGAGGAGAGGGAGAGCCUGUGUGGUAGUUCUUGGAGAUCUUGGUCGGAGUCCUCGUAUGCAAUAUCAUGCUCUUUCUCUUGCUCGCCAGAUGUCAUUUCAGGUGGACAUUGUUGCAUAUGGAGGUUCAGUACCACAUGAAGCUCUUUUAAAGCAUCCAUCCAUUAAGAUCCAUACUAUGGUGCAGCCUAAAUUUCUCCAAAUCUUGCCGAGAAUUUUUUAUCCGAUAACGCUGUUGCUAAAGGCAAUCAUUCAGUUCACCAUGCUCCUCUGGUAUCUUUGUGUAAAAAUACCAGCGCCUGAUGUCUUCUUGGUCCAGAAUCCCCCUUCUGUUCCAACCUUAGUGUCAGUAAAGUGGGCGAGCUCAUUGAGGCGGGCCGCAUUUGUUGUAGAUUGGCAUAAUUUCGGAUAUACAUUGCUCGCGUUGUCUCUAGGAAGAAAUAAUUUAUUGGUAUCCUUAUAUCGCUGGUUUGAAAAACGUUAUGGAAAGAUGGCUACUGGUUCACUAUGUGUGACAAAGGCGAUGCAACAUGAACUGGAUCAGAACUGGGGAGUGAGAGCAAGAGUUUUGUAUGACCAACCUCCUGAGUUUUUCCGGGUGGCUUCUCUUGAAGAAAAGCAUUCGUUGUUUUGCAGAUUGAAGAAAGAUCUUUGUCACCCUGUUGGUGUUCACGAUAUCAUCAGUGGAGAGUUGGAGAAGCAAAAUCCGCAUGAAACUCUUUUCACUGCCAAAAUCGAUGACAGUAUUUUCCUGAAGCCAAAUCGGCCAGCGCUUGUUGUGAGCAGUACUAGCUGGACCCCUGAUGAAAAUUUCAGUAUUCUAUUGGAAGCAGCAGUGAUGUAUGACCGCCGCGUUGCUGCAAGGUUGAAAGGAAACGAUGAUUCAGUGGAGAUUUCUGAAGAGCAGCAGCACAUUUAUCCCAAGUUGUUGUUUGUCAUUACAGGUAAAGGGGCCGAGAAGGAGAAGUACGAGGAAAAAAUGAGAAGGUUGAACCUCAAACACGUGGCCUUUCGGACCAUGUGGCUUGCAGCUGAGGAUUACCCAUUGCUCUUAGGUUCUGCAGAUCUCGGAGUUUGCUUACAUACAUCCUCCUCUGGUUUAGACCUUCCCAUGAAGGUGGUUGACAUGUUUGGUUGUGGGCUGCCAGUAUGCUCGGUCUCCUACUCAUGCAUUCAUGAGCUCGUUAAAGAUGGAAAGAACGGUCUCCUCUUCUCAUCUUCAUCGGAGUUAGCAGACCAACUAUUGAUGCUGUUGAAGGGGUUUCCAGAGAGAUGUGAUGCUCUAAUGGCGCUGAAAGAGGGAGCAAUGGAGACUGGUUCUUCUGGUAGAUGGGCUUCCGAGUGGGAAGACAACGCCAAACCUUUGUUUGCUGAGGUUGUUUCCCAAAUCACGGAUUGAACCGCCGUUUCUAGUUUGGUACUUGAAAGCAUAGAGUUCAUCACCGACUUUGGCCCCAUUUCGAAUCAGUGUUUUAUUGGGUGUUAGAUUGUAUAUUCGGAAUCUAAUGAUAUCAUAAUUGAAUUGAUCAUCUCCAUCAUAUUUGUUUUUUGUUAAAUUCCUAAUUCAUGUGACAUUUAUGAUUUAUCAUAUUGUAGAUUUUGUUU